AUGGCUAAGGAGGUUCCUAGGGACGAGUACACAGACACUCAACGGUCCUUGAAGCGACUUUUCGAGGAGUCAUCGACUGGUUCACCUUCCUCAAAACGCCCGGCCAGCCCACCGAGACCUACACCGCAAUUGACUCCCCAGCGCUUCCCGGACACGUUGAAAUCACCCGGAUUCACGAGGCCGCUUGGUCGUUGCCUCUUGGACCAAAACAGCGACGAAAGAUGGUUUGGCCCGACGUCUCUGGAAUCGCUAAUGCUCAAGAUCAAGGAUGAGCUCUUUGACAGCGCGGAUAUCGAAAGACACACCGUGAAGGAGUCCGUGCUGCAAGCACAACGCAAGAUUGAUCUUCUAGUCGGUCAGGGAGAGGAGAUGCCCAUCGGGGAAAAGUCACCGCCCACAACGCCUCCCUUUGCCAUUCUGGACGCCAUGAUCGAGCCAUACUUUACAACAACCAAUGAACAUUUUCCCAUCUGGACAAAGAAAAGGUUCGCUCAAAUGGCAACUACCUUGCGGCAAUCAAUACCGUCCGAACGGAACCUGGCUUCUAUCGUCUGCUGCAACAGCCUCAUCCUCAUGGCCAUGUCAGCGGACUCCCUAAGCUCCCACCAGCGGGACUCAAUACAAUCCAGCCACACGCGCAAGUCGUCGUCAAUCGACUUUGACCUCAUUGCGGGCUUUCUGACCAACGCAAAGCGCGCUAUCAACCACAUUGACCAACUUGUCUCGCCGCACCUCAUCAAUGUGCAGGCACUCUUAUCGCUGCACAUAGUCGCGCAAGUGUACCUCUCGACAGGCCUAUCCGAGACGCUGUUUGCUCUAGCCACCCGAUGUGCCAAGUCCAUCGGCAUUCACCAAUGGGACACCUUUCACGGUCAACUGAGCGAGGAGGACAUCAAAGAAAGACAAAACAUUUCGUACUGCUUAUACGUUCUGGAUAAGGCUGUUUGCUGGACGGCUGGAUCAUCUCCCAGUAUACCAGUCUCCGAGGUCCGUUUCGACCCCUGCCUGGUGCCUUCUGAAAACGAUAUCCCAUCCUGCCUUGUUGCAAAGGCCGAGAUGGCUAGGAUAGAAGAGAGCGUCUACUUGGAGAUAUACGCUGUCCACGUGCAGGCGAGAAAUGAGGACCAGGUCAAGGGAUUUGCAGCAAUGAUUUUGUCAAGACUGCAAGACUGUCUGACCCAGUCGGGAGUUGACUUGGACCAGAUCCAAAAAUUCUCAGGAGGCUCCGCUUCGAAUCUCCAGUUGGCAAUCAAAUACCUUUCUAUUCAGCUGCUUCUCAUUUGGCCCCACAAGCACCAUCCCGAUCCGAUCUUCCAACGGGCUCUCGAGGUUGCUAGGAUGUGUUUGAAACUCUUGUUACGGCUGUGGCAUUCCCCGCCGGAUCAAGGGAGCCAGGCUGUUUUCUCCUUCUUCCUCGCUUCACUUCCCUCACUCUAUCUUUACGAAGUAAUGUCAUCCAUCAUCUGCGGCCGGGGGUCAAAUUGUGACAUCGAUAUGCUCCAAGAAUUUGUUGAGAUGCUCCAAACCAUUACCGACUUCCGGGCAGAAGCCUCAUACAAUCGACGGCUGUACCAGCUGUCACUGAUUGUCACCGACGUGAUAAAGGCCAGGCAAGCCCAAAACAAACGGCAGAAGUCGACCUCAGAAGGACCAACAAAUGCUUAUUUGAUGUCAGAGCUACUCUCGCCCCCAACAAGCGGUUACAACUACGUGAAUUCAGAGAUUCAAGAAACCUAUGAUUCACGUUUCCACGGUGCCGUUUUCCAAGACCCAGAUAGUUCUUUUGCCUCGAUGAGCCCAAUCAACUCCACAAGCGGCGAGUUAGCUCAAGGCUCAGAUGAGUUUUUGCCGCAAUUGAGGAGCUACGCGAAGACGGCUCCCGGGAACGAAAGCUUCAAUUCUUUGGCAAUGGAAGCCUUGGGAGAGUCGGUUCAUUUUUGGAAGGACGUUAAUUAA